GUACCAACCAAAUUAGAUUAUGUAUAGAGAUACUACAUUUCAUUAGGUUAUGUUAACACUGUUACAGUAGUUGGGGUGGCAGGGGGACUAAGGUACAGGAGAAGGUUGAGAGCUAAUUCACUGUGGGUGGUCAGAUGGGCAUUUUCAUAGUUUUUAUUAUGAAGAUGUGAAAUUCAAAGUCAUAGUGGCAAGCUCUUGGAACAGUAUUUAUGAAAAUAGCUGUAACAGCUAUACUAAUUAUUGUAUUUGUAUUAUGACAUGUUCGUAUCCUUGGCUUGUACUGUGAAAAAUCUAUGACAUGUUAGUGAAUUAUAUUCUGUUAUAUUACAUUGCCAUCACUGAAUACAGAAUUAUAGGAUUGGACUAGGAAAAACUAAAGUCUGAUAUGUGAAGUAUCACAGUAGAUCAGUGCAUGCAGUCAGAGCAGUUAACUGUAGUUGACCAUGGUGAUGCAAAAAUGCUAAAAGUGAGAUUGAUUUUCACUGUCUCUGUUAACAGGUGCCAGCCAUGCCUGAACAUAUGAUAAAUGGAAUUAUUGUUAACUUCCCAUUUGAACCUUAUAGUGUUCAAUCAGUAUACAUGGAAAAAGUCAUUGAAUGUCUGAAGAAGAGAGUGAAUGGGAUGUUGGAGUUGCCAACAGGCACAGGCAAAACUCUGAGCCUGUUAUGUGCUUCUCUUAGCUGGCUUACCGUAAAGAAGGCCCAGCAACAGGCAGAGUCCCUAGGACUGUACAAUCUUCCAGAUGGCGACUUUGUGACUGGGCUGCAGAAUAAACUGAGGGAGGCAGCAGGCCCUGUGAACACAGCUAGGACUGGUGCCUCAUCAUGGGAUUCUGGUAACCUCCAAUAUAUUCAAUUGGAGAUGAUCAUUUAUAAGAACUUAUGACAUAUAGUUUAAAAUGCUCUUAAUUUGUAUGGUGAGGUGGAAAAGUAAAAGUUCGUAGCACAACUUCCUUCGGAGGGAAAGUAAAGCCGGCGAUCCCAUGUCGUAGAUUUACA